AAUUCAGGGAAUAUGAUUCUUCCGGCUCCACGCAAACUCGGUGCCUGGGUUUCUAGGCAACACUUGCAGUAUCUGAUUUCAACGUCUCGUCUAUCAAGACAAGUAGGGGCAAUUUCCGAAGUUCUGCGCAGAAAAGCAGUAAUCAUCCAGUAGCAAAAGGGUCAGGAGAGAAUUUGUGUUGUGACUGACAGCGGCCACAAGCGGCUCUUUUCCACAAAACUUCCCGCGGAAAAGCCCGCCCAGGCCGCGCCUAUUGAGGAGACACCAUGCACCGCCGCGCGUUCUUGAGGUUUCGGGCCACCGCCGUCUCCAGACUGUGGACAGGGAACAGCUAUAGCUGCAGCCGAUGUUGCAGCAGCGAACCAAGCACUCCUCAGCCGCGCUUGGUGCGGAUCGGCUGCGCCUCAGGCUUCUGGGGAGACACGGCGGCCGCAGUUCCUCAGAUGCUCUACGGGGGAAAGCUGGAUUUCCUGGUUUUUGAUUACCUUUCUGAAAUUACAAUGUCUUUACUAGCUAGAGCCAAAGCCAAAUCUCCAGAUUUGGGAUACAUUCCUGAUUUUGUAUCAAUUGCAAUGGCUCCUUAUAUAAAGGACAUACACAGGAAAGGUGUUCGUGUUAUCAGUAAUGCUGGUGGAAUGAAUCCACUUGGGUGUGCUGCUGCUCUUCACCAAGUUGCCAGAAAUGCUAAUGUUGACUUGAAGAUAGCUGUUAUUACUGGUGAUGAUUUGAUGGGAGAGCUAAACAAUAUAAAAGACACCAUCAUAAAAGAGGAGAAUGGGAAACUAUUUCCAGAAAAUGUUCAGAGCAUGAAUGUAUAUUUAGGCGCAACACCAAUCAGCAAAGCUCUUGAUCAAGGAGCAGAUAUUGUGGUGAUUGGAAGAUGUGUUGAUAGUAGCCUUGUGUUGGGACCACUAAUCCAUUCUUUUGCAUGGACUAGAGAUGAAUUCAGCCUAUUAGCAGCGGGAAGUCUUGCAGGUCAUCUGAUUGAAUGUGGUCCUCAAUGUACAGGUGGAAUAUUCACUGACUGGCAUACUGUUCCAAAAUGGCAUAAUAUCGGUUUCCCCAUAAUAGAAGCUUCUUCUGAUGGAACUUUUAUUGUAUUCAAAGCACCUAACACAGGAGGCCUGGUGACUUUUGGCACUGUGGCAGAACAAUUGGUAUAUGAAAUAGAUAACCCUAAAGAAUAUCUCUUACCAGAUGUCACAUGUGAUUUUUCUCAAGUCUCCCUUACUGAAAGUGCAGGCAUUGACGGUGGUGUAGUGAAAGUUCAGGGAGCCAAAGGAUUGCCUCCUUCACCAUUUUACAAGGUAAAUGCCACUUAUCUUGAUGGAUUCAGAGCUACAGCUUGCUGCCCAAUGGGAGGACCAAGAGCAAUAGAAAAGGGAAAAAGAAUGGCUGAAAGUAUUUUGGAAAGGACACGGAUUAUGUUUCAUCAGCGGGGAUAUAAGGACUACAGUGCAGUUAAUCUACAGAUUUUAGGUUCUGAAGAAACAUAUGGACCUCAUGCAAAGCAGAACAUAGAGGGUGGUCCCCGAGAAGUUGUUAUCUGGCUUGCUGUAUUUCAUAAGCAGAAAGAAGCAUUAGAAAUCUUUUCCAGAGAGAUUGCUCCAGCUGGAACAGGAAUGGCACCUGGAGUCACUGCAAUUAUUGGUGGACGUCCAAAAAUAUCUCCUGUUCUGAAACCAUUUUUCUUCUUUUAUCCAAAGAAGUAUAUCAAGAUCAAUAUAUUUAUGAAUGGACAGCACGUUGAAACAUUUCAGGAAGAUAUUUCAUUCACUUCAGAUCUAACUGCUUCACAUGAUGAGCCUCAGUCUCAAGAAGAUUUCAAAGAUCUACCAAGUGGUCCUCAUGUAUAUCGUCUGGAAGAUCUUGCUUAUACAAGAAGUGGAGACAAAGGCAACACAGCAAAUAUAGGUGUCAUAGCACGCCACCCCCUUUACUACCCAUACCUCAAGAAAACAUUAACUGCUUUGGCUGUAGAAAAUUAUUUCCAGCAUCUUUUAGAAAGAGAACGACCUGAAGAAAUCUUGGUAUCACGGGCAAGGCAUUUGGACAAAUGCUACUCGACUUCAAGAUUAAAAAUGUUCCAGAUUUAAAAUCUUUGAUAGAAUAACAUCAUUGUUUAUAUUCCAUUUUGAAAUUGCAAUAUUUUAAAUAAAUUUAAAAAACCAAAA